AUGAAAAAAAACAAACGUGAUAAUGAAAAAAUCAGUGCACGUUCGUUGAAAUCAUUGUCCAUUAUCUAUGUCAUCACUCCAACAUAUGCAAGGCUGGAACAAAAGGCAGAACUAACAAGACUAAGCCAUACUCUGCUCCAUGUGCCAAACAUUCACUGGAUCGUCAUCGAAGACUCUCCUGAAAAAACAGUUUUAGUGCAGAACUUUCUCAAUAGGACUAGAAUACAUUCUACACAUCUGUACGUCGCUACGCCUUCAGAGUAUAAAAUGAAACGAACAGAUCCCCACUCGCUAAAGCCCCGAGGCGUGCUACAACGCAAUGCUGCUCUAGACUGGCUGAGAGAAAACACAUCUCCCUACGAUGACGGUGUUGUGUAUUUCGCUGAUGAUGACAAUGCAUAUAGUUUGCAACUAUUUGAAGAAAUGAGAAACACAACAAAAGUAUCAAUCUGGCCUGUAGGUCUUGCUGCAGCUUUGCGCUAUGAACGUCCUAAAGUGACCAAUGGGAAGGUAACAGGUUGGUACACCUAUUACAAACCUGAUCGACCUUUUGCAACGGACAUGGCCGGCUUCGCCAUUAAUCUCAAUUUAAUUCACCAACAUCCAGAAGCAAAGUUUUCAAAUAUUUUUGCUGCAGGAAGCCAAGAAUCCACAUUUCUGACAUUGUUUCACUUGACACUGGAUGAUUUAGAGCCUAAAGCAAACAUGUGCUCUGAAGUUCUAGUUUGGCACACGAGAACAGAGAAAAGUAAAACUCCAUACGAAGAAGCGAUGGUCAAACUGUAUGGCGCUGACGCAUAUCCAAACAUUGAAGUUUAAUAUUUUACAAAUUAAUGUCAUUUUUUCCCUAUUUUUUUAAUUUCUUAUGUAUAUCUAAAUAUGUUUAGAUUUAGAUGUAUUUAUUUAUGACGAUAAUUUUUUAAUCUAGUUAAAUCUAUAUUCUUUGAGUUACAUUUUUAGCGGCCGGGAAAAGAUGCUUUUAGUUUUGUGUGCAAUGUCUGUCCGUCCGUCCGUCCCGUUUAGAUCUCGUAAAGUAGAAAAGAUAGUGAAAAUCCGAUAUUUUUGACCUUUACAAGUUCUGAUGCAACAGCUACUUUUUUAAUAUCUGAAAGUGAAAAUUUAAUUUUUAAAAUAAGCUAUGCAAGCAGUUUUUUCAUAAAAAUACACCAUUUUUACAACUAUUCACUAUUAAUAGUAACAAACACAGGAGGCUAUUUAGUAAGGGAGACGACUAUUUAAACCAUAUUUUUAACACAUUUAUGCAAACGGUUUUAGAUUUUUUUGUCAAAAAAAAAUAUUUUUUUUUACAAAUGAUCUGCUAAGUUA